ACAGCGGGACCUCCCUGCUCUGUGCCCCAGGCGGGCCGGGCUCCGGCCGUGGGAUGUCGCGCACCCCGGAGGGGACGGAACCAGACGGGCAGCGGGAGGAGGAAUCAGCUGAGCAGACAAAAGGGAAACACCAGCUACCGCUCUCCGCCCUGUCCGCCUUCAGCUACAUCCCCCCCGGCCGCAGGGACCCCCCGGAGCACAGCUACUUCCACCAGGAGUUCAAGACAGGGAUUGUUUCCACAUAUGACUCCAUUUUUAAGAGGCCAAUGGGUUACAACGAAAAACUCCACCGAUGUGACAGAGAACAUGCAAAUAGUCGAGGUCUUAACAUUAAUGAUGAGGAACUGGCAAGACCCAGUGCUGUUUUGUCCUCUUCAGAAUAUGGGAGACACAUAAACCAGCCCGUAGAGCAGUCAAUCAGAGAUUAUGCAAGGAUUAACCGUGUGCAGGCUGAGUUCUACAGGAAAAAUGGAGUCACCUGCUUGUUGGAAAAACCUUCUCAAAGUCUCGAACCAUCCUAAAGCUCCUGUCCCCACCAACCAUCAACAUGAACAAAGUAUAACACAGUUUUCACAACAAUAAGAAAAUGAAGAUUGUUUUGCCUUUUCUUGUAAUACUUUCCUUUAGCUGGUCAGUGUGACUUGGAUAACACACACACACACACGUGUGCAUGCCAUAACAGCUGUCAGUGUCCCCAUGUUAGUGUAAAUGUACCUUGACAUUUCAUUAAAAUUUUGCAAAUAAUUUCUCUACCAAUUUCAAUGAUGGCAAUGUAUUACAACAGAAUAGAGCAAGUUUCUUCUUCAAAGCAUUUACAAACAAACAUCAAUUUACAAUCCACACAACCAUUUCUAUUAGAUUCAUAAGUAUUAUUAUCCCAAUGGAAAAACUGAGGCGGAAAGAGGUUAAGGCCAAGAUUUUCCAAAACCAGUGCCUAA